GAUACAACUUGGGGGCUUGUUAGGACUGAAGAAGCUACUGCUGACAUCUUAAUUUGUAUUUCUUGUAGAUGUUGAUGCCUAAAAAGAACCGCAUUGCCAUUUAUGAGCUCCUUUUUAAGGAGGGAGUGAUGGUAGCCAAGAAGGAUGUUCACAUGCCGAAGCACCCAGAGCUGGCAGACAAAAAUGUACCCAAUCUCCAUGUCAUGAAAGCAAUGCAGUCACUAAAAUCUCGUGGCUACGUCAAGGAGCAGUUUGCAUGGAGGCAUUUCUACUGGUAUCUGACCAAUGAAGGCAUCCAGUAUCUGCGGGAUUAUCUCCAUCUGCCACCUGAAAUUGUGCCUGCCACCUUACGUCGCAGCCGUCCUGAAACUGGCAGACCGCGGCCCAAAGGAUUGGAGGGUGAGCGUCCUGCUCGCCUUACCCGUGGUGAAGCUGACCGGGACACAUAUAGACGUAGUGCUGCUCCUCCUGGUGCUGACAAGAAAGCUGAAGCUGGUGCUGGUGCGGCUACUGAAUUUCAGUUUAGAGGUGGAUUUGGGCGUGGACGUGGUCAGCCGCCUCAGUAGAAAUCUGCUGCUGUUGGUGUGUGUAGUGUAUAAUAAAUGGAUGUCAAUUUCA